GCCGGGGCUGGUUGCCGAGCCUGGCGAUUUUCGUACUCUUUUAGAGCGGGGAUGGAGCUGUGUGGAAAUGGAGGCUGUAGCCGACAGUAAUACGCGUACAGACACACAUGCCCAGAUAUACAGUCAUGCGCACAUAUCCACACACAAAUAAACACAUACACACAUUUAUCUAUGGCUAAAGGGAGAUGGAAGGGAGUUUGUUGUAGUAGUCUUUAAUGCCACCCUGUGUUGGGGCAGCAUGUGUGUUUAGCUCUGGGCUUUUCGACAGGCGUGCCCAUUGAUGUGUGUGUGAGAGAGUAAGUGGGUAAAAGCAGCAGGUUGUACCUCACCAUUUAGAAACAUGUUUGCUGUGUUCUCUGUGAAAGGGAAGCAGGCUUUAUUUGAGGCUCCUAACUCACGAUGGGUGCCAGAGGCAACAAUGCCUCUGAAUACUGUAUAUCAGUUGCUGGUGUGGGGAAGGGGAGUCGCCAAUGGGAAAAGUGAUAUUGGGUUCAUAUCCUAUUUGUAGAAUUCGCAUAAUAAAAAUGGCUGGUGAUGCUGAGGUUAGUUAGUGGUUCCAUUUUUUUUAUUUGCUAGAAGAUUUGAAGCACUUUUUUUUUAAAAAAAGGAAAGCUCAUGUAUCCCUGAAGUCCCAAUAAAAGUUUGUAUGCUCUCAUAUUUUAUUUUUAUGUUGUGAACAUCCGUGUGAUCUUUGGAUGAAGGCGGGUGUACAAAUUUAUUCAUUUAAUAAUAAUAAUAAAUAUUAGGAUAUCCCUUGGCUUAUAUAUGUACAUGAACAGGGGUCUCCUUCCUGUGCCCCAACAAUAAUGUUAUUCAGUUAAAAUAAUCAUGGUUGUGAAAUGCAUGGAUGUGUGAUGGCAAAUGAUAAUAACAAAGUAACUGGGAGUCUGUACCAUAAAAUGUGCUUUCAACCAGGGCAAAUCAUAUGCCCAGGCAAAUGGGAGAGUGUCCUCUGAGAUUCUAGUGCAUCAUAUAUGUCUCAGAGCUCCCUGUGGAUGUGUGGCACAGAUGAGGGCAUCUGUAGCCAACAAAAAUAAACAAGCUGCGGGGGGGGGGGGGAAGGUAACUGUAGGUGUCCACCGCCUCAGAGCAUCCUCCAGGAAUUCCUGUAGAAUUGUUGAUCAGUUAGGUGAACAGAGGUCUCCUAUCAACUCUCUCUCACCACCUUUAACCAAGUACAGCUCCCAGAAUUCUUUGGGGGAAGCCAUGACUCUUUGAAGUGGUGUGAUAUUCCUUUAACUGUAUAGUGCAGAUGGGACCUACUAUACUAAAGGUGCGUGAACAUGGGUGUAUUGUACUGUUUCCUUCUUCUAGCUCCACCGUUUCACCAGCUGCUCCAGAGCCUGAUUGAACAUCUCCAACUCAUGAACACUCUUGAUAACAUCAUCUGUUUCUGCAGUGUGCCCUACUUUCCUUCAUCUUUGGCAAAUAGGCCUGUCAUCAUAAAAUCUAUCCUGCGCCCAGCAGCUCUUUUCACUCUGUCAUGUGCUGUGACUCCAUUCCCUAGCUCUCAUAAACUCUUGUUUCAGAUCUACUUGAACUUUUGCAUCUCCCUCUGUAUCGUUUUUUCCAACAUACUCUCACUGAUUACUCAUAUCAGUCAUGUCAGCAUUUUCCAUCUAGUGUCUUCUUCAAAGUAUUAGCUUCUAAUCUUCCCAACCGCAAGGCUAUGAUGCAGUCAUGCUCCUGACAAGAUUGCUGUGUAAAAGCUGUAUUUUGUUUAUGUUUUCUCAGAAGCUUGAUGGCAUUCUCCUUAAAGCCCAAGGAAAGUGUUUCCCCAUUUUGCCAAAGAGGCAAUUAUAAUUCCCUGUGAAUAGCAGCAUCCCACACUCCUUCCACAGACCUUUUAUUGAGCAACUGCUCUUUGUCCUCAGUCUCACUUACUUCCACUUACAGGCAGCACCUUUGGCUUUUGAGCAGUAUUCAGCAUGAUAACUCCAGCGUUUGAACUGAGUCAGGAUCCAGAUUUUCUUACAAUAACAAUCAAAGUACCAUAUGCACGUGUUUCAGAGUUUGAAGUCUAUUUUGAAGGGAAGGAGUUCAAGUUUUAUGCGAAACCAUACUUUCUCAGAUUGGCUCUUCCAGGAAGAAUUGUAGAGGAUGGGAGAGAGAGAGCAUCGUAUGACGACACAGGGGUUUUUACAAUACAUCUUCCCAAGGAAGUUCCCGGAGAGAAUUUUGAUGGGCUGGACAUGUUGACAGCUCUGUUAGCGCCAAAGAAAUCCAGAUCUGCAAAACCUUUAGUCGAAGAGAUGGGUGCUGCAAAUCAGGAGGAGGAGGAAGAAGAAGAAGAAGAAUUUGACUGGGAAAUUGAACAGACUCCUUAUGUGGAAAGCAAAGACAGCCCCUUAGGUUCACCAUGCACCUAUGGAUUUGGAAAUCUGAAAUCGGGAGUUUUCAGACGUCUUCAGGAUGAACUAAAUGAUGUUAUCGAUAUAAAAAAUCCAGACGUAACCUCUGCAGCUGAACGCAGAGAGAAAAGGCUGGCAGCAGAAGAUGCCAAAUUCAAUCCUGAUCAUUACCUUGCUGACUUCUUUGAAGAUGGGACUAUUCACCAUCUGUUGAAAUAUGAGCCUUGGUGGGUUACAGCCUCUAGAAAGAAGAUGGAUUCCCAAGAAAGUCAUCCUUGGAACGAGAGCAGACAGGCAGUACUUGGUAGGACCCCACUUUCCAAAUCUUCUGUGGAUGUUGAUGGACAGCAGCAGGCCUCUUUAGUGGGUAUUUUUCAACCAGUUUCCUUUACGGAAGACGAGAAAGAGCAGCUAAGAAAAUUCACCAACAGAACUUUCCUGCUUGAUAAAAGAACCUGUCAUCAAGUAUAUCUGAGCUUAGUUGAUAUACUUCUGGCUUAUUGCUAUGAAGUCUGUGCCACUGAAGGAGAAAAGAAUGUUGAGUCUCCGUGGAACAUACGAAAGCUGAGUUCAACUCUCUGCUGGUUGGAGAGUUUUACUAGCAUUUCGGAAGUUCUGAUGUCCUUUGGGAGAAGAGUUAUGUGUUAUCCACUCUACCGACACUUCAGUUUAGUGACUCGGGCCUUAAAUGACACCAUUACGAUACUACAACUUGGCAAAAGUGCAGUUCUGAAGUGUCUGUUAGAUAUUCACAAGAUUUUUCGAGAAAAUGAUCCUGCAUAUAUUCUGAAUGACCUUUAUAUCACAGAUUACUGUGUUUGGAUUCAAAAAGCCAAGUCAAAGAAGUUGGCAGCCCUUGCCGAAUGCGUGCAGAAAGCAGAGCUGAGCAAGGCCAAAUUAGGUUUCGAGCUUGACGAGCUGGAAGCAGCGGCACUUCUCGUGCAAGAGGAAGAAAAGGAGUUAAAAGCUGCUGGCACAGAUGUCUCCGAGCCGCAGCUGCCUCCCUCCGAAGGAGCUGCGAGUGACUCUGAGGGCUCAAGCAGCACUUCAUCAUAUGAGACAGGAGACUCCGAUUCAGAUGAACAAGAGUCCUCAGCCAGCGAAGAUGGGAAAAUAAAUCCUUUACAAAGCACACUCCAAGAGGAGAGGACAGCCCUGCUUAUUGACUGUAAUGGAUUAAGGCGAGACAUAGGCACUUUGACGUUAGAUGCUAGUAAUGAAAAAUCAAAGGCUCCUUUGCAAUCUACAUCUGUUCCCGGGAAACUGAUAGAGGAAUUAGGAAAGCAAAUGCAGGCGGCAAUUAGGCUUACGGAGCAGCCUGAAGCUUUGCCUUCUGUAAGUGGCAGCAGCAGCAGCACUUCAGAAGAGACAGGAACAAGCUGCACGGCUCAGCCUCAAGGACUUUCGCCGGAUCAUAAUGGAAAGAGACAUUUCUUAGAGGUGACUCCAAAGCCCAGCGCUUUUCUGCUCCUUGGCAGCACAAAUGAAGCUUCUUAAGGAAAUGUGGAUGGGGUGGGCUAGGGGUUUGUGGUUUUUGCAGUGCUGGCUGUUGUGGUUCAUUUUAACAGCCAAAGGCCACUUCAGCAAAUAUUCCUCUGCAGGCAAAUAAAACAAGACUCCCUAUUCCCUGGAGUUAGUUUUGAAGUGGCAUCAUUCAAGGUUAGUAGUAUUACAAAAGGUAUGAUCAAACAUGGAUGAAGCUUGCUGAUUUGUAUUCUGCAGAUUGCUUAUAGUUCAAAUGUAUAUUUAAAUGUUGUAUUUCAUUAUCAGGGUUUCCUAGCUCCUAAAUUUUCCACUCGGGGUAUUACUGUCCUCCUUAUUUCAAUUUAACCAUUUCGAAGUGUCCAUUGUACAGCAACUAGCACGAGGCUUGGUCAUCACAGGCACUCGCAUCUAAUAAGAUGUGCUUCAGUAGUAGUUGCAUGCGCGAUAUCAUCAAUGCCAGUGCUGCCUGAUCCUGUACUUUCUCACAACUUAUUGGGACUUAUUGCCAGGUAAGAGUACAUGGGAUUGCUCUCAUCUUUUUUUAAAAAAUAAUAAUCUGUGAUACAUGGCUGUGUAUGGUGUUUUUUCUUUCUUUUUUGAACAUGUACAUGGUCAGAAUAUAUUUUACCUUUCAAGUGUGAACAUCUGAUUUCAGGUUAUCUGUACUCCUGCUGCGCUGCUAAUAUGUGAUUGGGAUGGAGGAAAGGUGGGUUUAGUGGUUGGUGCUGGUCCGAAAGGAGCAAUACAUUCUUUUUAGCUGCAACUCUUAAUCACCAAAAGAUGCUCCACCAUUCAACGAUGGAGCUGAGUAUAUAUUGCGUUUUUCUGCCUUUUAGACUUUUGCCUGAACUACCAACUUACCCUCUUGCUUCGCUCUUGGGUAGCUAAGCUUCAUUAACUAACUGUAGGCAGAGCUGUAUGUGUCUUCUGCAUCCAUGUCCGAACGGUAUGCACAUCUCUUGAGCUCUGCAUCCUGAAUCCCACUGAAUCCUUUCUUUGACAAUAUGUUGCCACCGUGGUGGGCAGAGGCAGAAUAAAUUCUCCAGACUAUGCCAGUACAUUUUCACAUGCUUGAAUUGUUGUGGAGAUUUGAAAAAGAAGUACAAGUCUGUGUAUAUGAUACAUACAUCCCAACACUGCGGCGCUCCGAAGAAACCUAUAUUGCAAAAGUUUAUAGUGUCCCAUUCUUCACACUUGCACUUCCAUUUUGUGGCUGCCAGCUGGGGAGGGAGCCUGCCUGUUCUGUUCUCAGAACAGCUCUGUUUCUCUCUGAGAACUGACAGCUUCUAUGUUUGCGAAAGCAAUCUCUUUAUUCUGUCCAAAGCAUUGUCUUGCCUCCUGUGUAGGUUACUCCAUUCUAACUUCAUCCUGGCAGAGUUGGAGUCUGACCUCUCCACCUUUUCUUCUCUCCGCCCUGCCCACCAAAUGCUCAGGAAAUUUCAGUAGGUGGAGAUAAAAUCCCGCUUCCCCUUUAAGUGUUGGGAAUACAUGGAAUGCAAGAACUAGUGUGCAAUGAUACCCUUCCAUUCAGCCUGGGUGAUACGCCUGGGUGAUGCACGACAUAAGGUUGCCUCUGAAAAUAGCACCCUCUGUCAGGUGUGUUCCCCCACAACAAUGACCAGCACGUAACCCUGUGCCAUGACACCAUUGCGUGCAUUCCUCCAUUCCUGUCAGUGGUAGCCAACGAUGUGGAGCGGGACAAGACUGUGGUGAUGUUACAACACAGCAGCAAAGUGUUUCUAAAUGUUGUGAGAGGAAAGGGAGGGACCUUUGUGUGGGGUUGCAGCUUUCAGUGGCACUCACAGGAUGCCUGUAGUGUGUGUUUCAACCUUCUGACAUUGUUAAGAAAGAGGAAAUGCCUCGAUACACCCCCCACCAGCAGCUAGAAGUCCGUGCCUCACAUUUGCCUCCCCCCCCCACUACCAUUGGGAAGUCUGUGUUCCUGAUAUUUUUGUUCCUGGCAUUCUAAUCUUGCAGGUUUCUGUUCCUGCCCUGUUCUGUUCAACCAUCUUUAUACCUGCCAAAUGAACAAGCAAGGUUGGCUGCUGUGGUGCUUUCACCAGCUAAAGCUAGCAAGGGAAAAGACCCAACUAUUUCCAAAACAGUGGCUACAAUAAUCUAUUGCAGAUGUGUUUUGAGUUCAGUCGUCUGUAUUUGUUUUUUUAUUUUAUUUUAUGGUCAGCCAGCCACCCUCUCUCCCAGUGCUUUAACUGUCACACUUGAAAGCUGUUGCACUUUUGCAUUUGCACUCGUAAGUAGUGUAUAAAUUUGUGAAACGAAAAGGGUCCCCUUCACGCAUCUUCCUCACACUGUCAUUCCCCAUGCUUUGCUUUGUGAGGGAGUGGAGUAUGCUAUUUUAGAUCACUCCUACGAUAGAUAAAUAAUAUCCAUUCAGGUACUCAAAUUCAUAUAUACACUUCGGACAGCUGCAUACUUUCCAUAGCUGAUGCAUUACAGUAUGCUCCUCUGUUGUUUACCUUAGUAAAACUUGCAAACUUUGAAGGAGGAUGCAUGCACCUAAACCUGUGUCUUCCUGAUGCAUCUCUUUGCGCUGCUUUGUGGAGAAGCCUGCUCUGCUGCGACCUGUGUGUGAAGCGUGAAGAUGCUCUGUUCUGUUCCAUACGGAAAGUGACCACCUUCUGUGUGUCCCGUUACAAUAUCUGGACCUAUUUUAACCAUGCUGUCCGUGUUCAAACAGCAAAGCUUAUUUGGAGAGGUUUUUCCUUUACUUGGAAUCUGUCCAACUGAAGGCUUUUCAGAACCUCAGCAUCUUUUGCAAACAUUGCAAGAGCUUUUAUCUUUGAGCUGCCUUUUAGGAGCCCAGGUUAAGUCAGUCAGGGUCUCUGCCUCAUGUUAAUAAAUGCUAACUGACACUUUAUACCAUUCUUUAUUUCAUGGCUCUUUACCCCAAACCUAAGUGAUCAGGUGACCAAAUAAACAUUUAAAUAAAUGAAUGUUUCCUAAUUUGCAUUAAAAAAACUUUAAGGGAGUGUGGUUAGCCACUUCAGAAUGCUGUGGGUUACUUUUAACCCGAAUAAUUGGAGGUUUCCCACUCUUUGCCGGGCUUGAAUGUUGUAAACUGUCAAUCAGCUGCCCAAAGCAAAAAAACAAACCGUACAGUUUGUCUUAUCCUUGGUUGGUGAUCUGUGUAUAUGUUAGCUGAUUCGCAUAAUUAGUUCACAUACCUGCUUGAUCUGUUCAGAAAAUAGAAAAAAAUUGGUCAGACUGAACAGGAAGUCCCCAAAAGGAUCAAAUUAAUGAAUCCUCAAAAGGAGGAUAUCUUAGCAUCUGUAUAUCAGUGUGACACAAUGUAAACAGAAUAAUUGUUUUCAGUAUUCUGAUUAUCAGCAUGUUAAUCAACAGGUUUUUCACUUAAAUGCGCUCAGUGUGUUCAUGACAGAACUGAAAUUCUGAAGGAAAAGUUUUCUGCCUAAUACUGUAAUAACAAUAAUAAACUUUAUUCACAUUAGCCAAAGGCCAUAGCAACAAUAAAAUGGUACAUUGUGUACAAUAAAAGAUUUGUUAAAAGCACAAAUUAGAAUUCUGAAUUAUCAGUCAGUUGGUGGCCCUUAUUCUAAUUGCCCCAGCAAUGAAGCUAGCAACUUUAGCUGUUGUCUAGUCAUUUAGGUCUGAUAGAAGGAAAUGCAUUAUGGCCAUGGUUGAGCGCCCUGGGAUGGUCAGAAGGAGUGGAGUAAUGAUCUCGUUCCUUAAGUCUUUAUAAAGGGAACAGGACAGGAGGACAUGUGCCUAGUAACUCUUGAAGGGUAACUCUUGAAGGGUAAUGCUGUAGAUCAGGCAUCCCCAAACUGCGGCCCUCCAGAUGUUUUGGCCUACAAAUCCCAUGAUCCCUAGCUAACAGGACCAGUGGUCUGGGAAGAUGGGAAUUGUAGUCCAAAACACCUGGAGGGGCGAAGUUUGAGGAUGCCUGCUGUAGAUUGACCAAAACUUUAUUUUUUUAUUUUAAAAAGACAACUUCCCACCUUUGACUCCUUUCCCUGAAAGAUAUGUAGAGUUCAUUUUAUAUCAGAUAAGGGAACCACUGAUGAGCCUCUAUUUACUCCCGUAUAUGAUGAAUGUACCAAAGAAUUUGAUUCAUAUCUCUGGAGUGAGUGGGCUCAGCAGCCUGCCACGGUUGACACAGCUAAAUAUUGUCAAAGCUGGUGUCUCAAGGCUAGAGAAAACAAACAGGGAAACACAUGUCAGGCAGAUAAAUGGCUCUGUUGCUUAAAGCUGUCCUGGACGCCAUUUGUUUCUGAGAUAAGGCAGAAGGCUCUCCAGAGCAGCGAAAAGAUAAGACAGAAGAGUGGAACGAAUGUGGAAUUGUGUCAUUAGCUGGAUGCUUUGCUGUCGGAAGGAAAAUGAAUUUGCACCAGGAAAAGUUUGGGUUAUGUGUCUACAAAAUAGUAUACACCUUUGGCACACACUCUGAAACAUGCGUAGACUACCCUUUUCAAACUUCACAUGUGGAUGUUGUGGGGUGCUUGCUUCCUCUCCACAUAUUCAUGGAAGCAAUGUGUGUGAGAGCACCCUAGACCAGGGGUCAGCAAACUUUUUCAGCAGGGGGCCUGUCCACUGUCCCUCAGACCUUGUGGGGGCCGGACUAUAUUUUUUUUGGGGGGGAGGGAAUGAACGAAUUCUUAUGCCCCACAAAUAACCCAGAGAUGCAUUUUAAAUAAAAGGACAUGGAAAAACACGCUGAUUCCUGGACUGUCCACGGGCCGGAUUUAGAAGGCGAUUGGGCCGGACCCCGACCCCGGGCCUUAGUUUGCCUACCCAUGCCCUAGACUUUUUCCCCAGCCACAUCACGCAGGGUUGGGGGUGCUUCAUGGAAUGACAUGGGGAAGUAUUUUUGUGUUGCGCUGGGUUGCUGUGGUUGGCAGUAGCUCUUUCUUACAAUUGUUGCAGUUCUUUGAAAGGAUUGGAUCAAACAAUCUGAUUUCUGACCAUUUCCCCCCCAAAUCACCCAGUGGCAACCUCCUAUGCUGCAUCCGGUGAAGUUCUGGAGGGAUUCCCAAACCCUAGGGAGCAGCUUUGAGGAGGCUGCAGUAGGAAGGAGGAGGCAGAAAAUCCCACACUGGACAAGCAGAUCUCCCCUCAUGGUUCAUAGGAUUCAGCUGAUAAUUCAAUGGUCAAAGAUCCAGUGCUGUGCAUGGGUAGUUAGGGACCAUAGUUCAGGGGGAGAGCAUCUGCUUUGCAUGCAGAAGGUCCCAGUUUCAAUCCUAGUUGGAUCAAUGGUCAUACUUGGUAUAAAGCAAUGUUCAAAAUUGAUUUUGGAACUUGACUGAGUUGCAUAGCUGCCAAGUUUUCCCUUUUCUCGCGAGGAAGCCUAUUCAGCAUAAGGGAAAAUCCCUGUAAAAAAGGGAUAACUUGGCAGCUAUGCUGAGUUGGGAUAUUCAUAUCAGGUUUUUCUUUGGGCUUUCUGGGAUUUGUAGUAUAUUAUAAGCUCAUUAAACCUUACUAUGCAUAGGUCAGGGGCUAUUGUAAAAACUUAAAAUGUCUGUAAAAGUCUAAAGUUUACUAACCUGUAGGUUGUACUACUCUUAAGCAGGAGAAAUUAAUCUAAGCCCCCAUAAGAUGUAUUUAGAGGAGCCCAGAAACUUGUGAGAGUCAACGUGCAACAAGCAUUUUUUGCCCUUUCUGCCCAUUCCAACCAAUAGCUAGAAAAGAUGGUGGUAAUUACUGUUUAAGCCUCAGACAGCAGUGGAUGCUUUUUUUUUUAAAGCCACUGCUCAUUGUUUGAAAUCUCACAGUACAGUAUGUUUAAACAAAAAAUAAAAAAAUUCCUUCCAUUAGCACCUUAGAGACCAACUAAGUUUGUCAUAGGUGUGAGCUUUCGUGUGCAAGCACACUUCUUCAGAUAUCUGAAGGAAGGAAUUUUUUUUAUUUUUUGUUUUGACUAUGUCAGACCAACACGGCUACCUACCUGUAACUAGUAUGUUUAAAGCUUGUCUUUUAGUUUUGCAGUCACUAACACAGGUUACCAACACAGGCCUUUGGGCACCUUUGGAUUUUUGAGCAAGUACUGCAGCUAUGAUCUCUUCUGGUACUACUCCCCUCUCCUGGACCCCCCCACAGGGGAGACAGAAAGAAAGCACACACAUGUUGCUUUUGUAGGGGAUGUGGGUAAAAACUGGAUCCGGUAGUAUUAAUAUGGGCCUGGGAAAGCAUAUAGAGCUGAAGGUGGAAGUGGGAAAGAGUGUCACUCUUGUAACGUCCAGCUUCAGUUCUAUGUACUUUCUAGGGAGGAAAAGGUAACCACGUUCACCAUCUCACAACCAAGCAGCAGUGUGCAAGAGGACUCAAGGCUUUGUUGAGACGGUAUAGGGCGGUAGUCAAUAUUAUUCAAUAAAUAAUAACAAUAAUUGUUGGUGCCAGGGGAAGACCUUAAGGGUAAUACUGUGCCACAUGAUGGCAUUCCCUGCAGUAACAUAUAUUUUGAUGCCAUCUGCACAUCCAUGUUAGUAUUCUGUUAAGUUCAGCCUUUAUAUGUUUAGGGAGGCUUUUAAUGUUUAAUAGAUUACUGUAUUUUAUUUUUCUGUUGGAAGCCGCCCAGAGUGGCUGGGGAAACCCAGCCAGAUGGGUGGGGUAUAAAUAAUAAUUAUUAUUAUUAUUAUUAUUAUUAUUAUUAUUAUUAUUAUUAUUAUCAGCAAAGCCUUUGUCACAGUAGGAAAGAAGAGGCAGCACACAAAUCUAACAAGAAACUGAUCAGAAUCAGCUCUGACACGCAGCAAGUGGCCCCAUGAGAGGAGAGUAGGUGAAGUCGGGACUUAGUGUCUGUAAAACAUUUUAGACGUUAGCAAGGGGCUAUGUACCAUCUGGGCUCCAUUUCGGGCAACAGCCUAUCUUAGGUGGGCGCUGGACUUGCAGGCAGCUUCCAUUUCAAAACAUGAGAGAGUGACUUGUGGUUUUGUCAUGGCACCUCCAAAAUAGGAAAUUCUAAUAUUACAAGACUGACAUUUCUGCCAAGCAUCCUUUGUGCUCGUAUCAGAGCUAUGCAAAAACACCACUAUUUAUUAUGUGACCUUCAGCUAAUGUAGUUUCCAGGAUGCUGAGCAUGCUUCUCCCCAACCCAACCCCAAUUCUCUGCCUUCUGAAAGAUGCUGAUUGCUUUCUACUUUCCUCAUUUCCCUAGUCCCGAGUGCAUGUCCCUGAUUUUAGGAAAACACCUUUUCACAACCACAAUACUCGCCCCACAUUUUUAUUCUCCCACAGAACAGAGUUAUCAUAGUCAUAGGAACUGGGGCUCAGAGAGAGAGAGAGAGAGAGAGAGAGAGAGAGAGAUCUGCAAAGCUUCAAAACCUAUUACCCGUGUGUGUGUGUGUGUGUGUGUGUGUGUGUGUGUGUGUGUACACACACACACCUGCUGUGAAUGGACACUGGAAGCAGGAAAGCAGCACAACCUGAACCUUUGGAAUUUCACAUUGCAUCACAGAAUGCACUCUGCACUGUGGAAGCACUGCUGAUUUCUUUCCUAGCACCAUUCACCCACUUCACCAAUUUUAGCCUAGUAUAUUAUGAUCUAUUAUUCAAUAUUGCUCUUGUCUGUCUUUCUGUAUAGACAUUGACCCCGGACCCUCCAGGACUGUAGGUUUCACAGCUUUGCAGAAAGAAAGGAGAGAGGCAUUCACAGCAACAGCAAAAUUGCAGCCGUACAAAACUCAAUCUGAGAAAAGUGGGAUGGGUGUACAUCAUCCAAUGACUUACCACUCAAGGCCUUGGCUGUCCCAGCUUCUACACUUGGACGCAGUUCUUGGACUCCAGGAAACACCAAAAGCUCAAAGUGCCUGGGGCAGCCCAGUUAGAUGGGGGGGGGUCCAAAUAAUAAAAGUAUUGUUAUAAAAUUAUUAAGAAGUCAGCACACAGUCUCAGCAUCAGCCCAGAAUAGAGGGUACAUGGCUCAAAAGUCCAUAAGCAGAAUUCUAGGAUACUUCGCAAAAAAGACCAAGCUUGCAAGCAAACUAUGGGGAUUGGGGGGGGGAGUGCUGGGUUGGCUUGUGCUGGCACAGGUAAUAGUGUGUCCUUGACAAUGGGACCUGAUCCCACCCCUCCAUCUCCAGUUCAGCUGGCUCCACUGAUUGGACAGCCAGCUCUUUGGCUACUCCUUGAAGCUUGUUCUCUGGAGGUGGGGUAGGGACUGACUCAACCAACUCCUCCCUUGCCAGGAUGUCUGGCCCUAUUCGCCAUCACUGCCUGAACUGUCCCCACCUCCAGUGUCAGGGUCCUCCUCCUCCUCCUCCUCUGUCAGAUCCAGCCAUUCCCAUCAUGUCAUGGCUGGUGUCGCAGAAGAAGAAGAAGAAGAAGAAGAAGAAGAAGAAGAAGAAGAAGAAGAAGAAGAAGAAGAAGAAGAAGAAGAAGAAGAAGAAGAAGAAGAGUAGUAGUUUGGAUUUGAUAUCCCGCUUUAUCACUACCCGAAGGAGUCUCAAAGCGGCUAAAAAUCUCCUUUCCCCUCCUCCCCCACAACAAACACUCUGUGAAGUGAGUGAGGCUGAGAGACUUCAGAGAAGUGUGACGAGCCCAAGGUCACCCAGCAGCUGCACGUGGAGGAGCGGAGACGCGAACCCGGUUCACCAGAUUACGAGUCUACCGCUCUUAACCACUACACCACACUGGCUCUCUGGAUGUGUGAACCCCAUUGAGAAGCACUGAACCAUUGCAUAUUGAAAAGCACUGCACACUCUUUUGUGUGUUCUGGGCCAUUGUGUUUCAGCCAAGCAAGCCACCUCUUUGAUGCUGCAAUUCUUGCGCGUGCAUUAACUCCAAGACGUAGCCUUCCUGGUGAGGCUGACGUUGCUCCCAGGAAGGCAGGAGUUGUGCAGUUCAACCUGUAACCGGGAUAAGACGGAACAACGUGCCAUCUAAUUACGCAGGAGCAGCAAGACGGUUCCAGUGAGUGAGUCAUAAAUGUUAAUGGGACUUGUAAGCAUAAAUCACCGGUGAGCCAAGCGAGGAACUAAUCCCAUAAAUUCCACUCUUAAAUAUUUCCUUGGCAGUGGCCAAGGCUGGAGAAAGACACCCUCCUGCCCCUGCUUAAGAGUGGCAUAAUUGGUUUCUGCCUCCUGUCCACACUCUCCCCCCCUCCCCCAGUAAUUUGAGAGGAAACUGUCCCAUUCACUACAGUAGAUAAAUUGGCCUGCCUGCUUUGCUGGCUGCAGCUCCGCCCUCUAAUCUGCUGCACUGGCCAUUGACUUGCCUAAUUAUGUGUAUUACAACUGCAGAAGGCUUACAGGCAGCAGCAGGGGGGCAAACUGUGGAAUGAGUGCAAUGAUUGUUCCAUCUGUUCCUGCAGAGCUGGAAGGGGGUGGGCUCUGAGGCCAGGCGAGAGGAUAGCAUCCAGCACAGGUGCCCCGGGAAGGGGAGUCCCUCCAGCGAGGGCUUUACCAGCAAAAGAAAUAUAAGGAAGUCAAUUUUGCUCUUUGAGCAUAAUUACAGCAUAUUGAAGCAUCGUACGUUGAACUAGCACAGCCGGGAUACAAUGGAAACGAAAUAAAAUCAGGGGUUUUAAUAGGGUUUUUGAGACUUGGUGCUUUGUUGUGGGGUGCGGGAUUCUUCAGCAAAGGGUGGGAGAGCGUUACUUACCUGCUGCUUUUCUCAGGUGUGUCCAGAUGUACCAUGGCAGAUACAUCUGGAAUGGGGUUGGGCAAGCAAAGAGAAGCAGCUGCCAUGCAGUGACAUAAGGAAAGCCUGCUGGAUCAGGCCAAUGGCCCAUCUCAUCCAGCAUCCUGUUCUCACAGGGGCCACCCAGGUGCCCACAAGCAGGACACAAAGAAAAUAGCACUUUUCUCUCCUGGGGUUUCCAGCAACUGGGAUUGCCAUGGACUGGCUGGAUGCAGAGGAGAGGUGGGUGGUUCCAGCUGGGGAGCCCGAAAGGGAAGCCCAAGGGAAGAAGGCUCAGAGCUAGGGGAUUGGUGGUGGGACGAUGAUGAGUGGUCAGAGGGAGAAGAGGGAGCAGACUGGGGGGGGGGAGGUGUCAGAAGCUGAAGAGGCAACAGGGUUUUGUGAGUAGGAAGAGGCUGUGACAGACAGCAGUCCAGAACCAGGAGGAGGAGAGGAGGGGGCCCAAGAGGCAGAGAUGAGGCAGGCUGCUGAAGAAGCCAGGGCGUCUCCCCCUCUUGCUGUAACCAGCUCCUUUCCCCCCUGGUCUUCUAGAACAUGCAGAGAAAUGAAAAGAGCAGAGCAGAGAUUGUGCACUGACACAGUCUAUGACUAGGGGGGGGGGCAUGGAGAGGAGGACUAGCAGACAGACUGCAGGUGAGGAAUGGGCAAAGCAGUCCUCCCCUUGUCCUAUUCCCCACUGUCCUUUUCCCCACCUGCUUCCCAGCUGCCUUCCACAAUAUUAAAUGCUGGCAUUUAAAUUACCAUGCAUGGUGUGUAGUUUGCCCUUGAGGUGGAGUUUGGUGUCAUCUGCAAAUUUGAUGAGCAUCCCCUCAGUUCCUUCAUCCAAGUUGUUUAUAAAGACACUGAGUAACAAUGGUCCCAGGACAGAACCCUGCAGCACCCCACUUGUCACUUUUUUUCAGGAUGACAAGGAACCAUUAGUGAAUCCUCUUUGGGUGUGGUAACCUAUCAGCUACCUCAUCCAGCCCACACUUUGCCAGUUCUCCACAAUAAUAACAUGGGGGGACUUUGUCAAAAGCCUUACUGAAAUCAAGAUACACUAUGCCCACAGCAUUCCCCUGAUCUACCAAGUUUGUAACUCUUAUCAAAAAAGAAAGACAUGAGAUUUGUCUGGCAUGACUUGUUUUUGAGAAACCCAUGCUGCGCCUUAGUAAUCACAUUCAGUUAUCUGUCCCUUCUGUCAUUUAGAAUAAACAGUUAAAAUGCUGUGUUACAGUAUUCUAGAUAAUACUAAUGCUAGCCUUAGAUCAAUCAACCACUGUAUCCAAUGAUAUCUUCCUGUUAGUGAAAUAACAUUUAUCUGUGCAAUGGGAAUGCCUCCUCCUGCACACUCGCAUACACCACCAAUCUCCCAAGGGUUGCGGGAAUCCAAGAACAAAUUGGGGGAGGGAAGUCCCAUUGCAUAGGUGGAAGUCCUUGCAUUAAUGGAGUGACUUCAUUAGACACAAUUCUAUACAUUUUCAUAUUUUGUCUUAUUAACCACUUUAGGCCUGAUUCACACAUGCAGACACUGGCACGGUCACUGCUUGAAAACUUAACUGAAGGGAGGUUGGCACAGCAGAAAAACUCUUGUGUUACGAAGCUCCCUAUGCAAUUGCAUGGGGCAAGGGCAGCUCUUGAAAUAAUAUCCACUGGUCUUCUCUGCCACCUUAUGCAGAAGUAAAUCCCACUAAGUUCAGCUGGACUUGCAUUACAGUAAGUGACUUCAGGACUUCAGUUAAAACUCUAGCCCACUUUAAGAUAAUGGCUUUCAAAGCAAACAGAUAAAGCCUAUAUGAGAGAUGGGGGGAAAACCCUUUGCAGCUCUUUACAGUUAAACUCAAAAUUAUCUUAAAACCACAACUGAAUAUCUCUCUUAAGUGAAAGGUUUCUAAAUAAAACAACACUCGCACUCAGUUUUAGACGGAUAUAUUUUGGGAGGGUGGGGGAGUUCCACAGUUUAGUUUGCCACUACCAAGAAGUUCCCUUUUUACAUCUUGAUGUCCUAACUUGGCACCCACAUACAGUAUCUUUGAGCAGCUGUUCCCAGUCAGCACCCAACCAAAGCAGGGGUGGUUUAUCUGCAUAUGUGUUUGAAUCACUUGAAAUGGCUCCUCCGAGUGGCAUGAAAACAAGAAAUCUGCAGAGCCUCCACACUGUGAGGUGAUUUCCCUUGGUACUGCUCAGUUCGCAGUCUCAGUGAUAACUGCUUAUUGUGCUAAUGGCCUCCUCUCGCCAGAGAAAACAUUAUACUUCACAUCUGAAGUGGUUGGCAGAAGCUGUAAUCGAGGUGUGAAGUGACUUUCCACAGAAGAACAUGGCGUUCAUACUCUUCAGUGUCAGGUUCCUUGCUUGCGUUGCCACACAGAAUUCUGUUAUCGGAGACUCCAAAGCCAUUAGAGUUUAUGAGAUGGUCUGGUGGGGUUUUCUCUUGGGGGUGUUAUUACUCCCUGCGGGUGAUGUUCUAAAACCCACAUUUACAAAGGGGAAUCGAUACUGCCAAACAUUAUUUAUUGUAUUUAAGCAAAACCACCUAUAAUUUAACCUGAAAACUAGCGACAUUUUGGCAAGGAUGAACGUUUGCCUAAAACAGUUUAAGGUUAACAUUUUUAAAAAGAAAAAACGGGGUCAAGCAUGUUUGUUUUUACUGCCUUUGUCCUUACAGGCCUGGAUGUAGUGUGGAAAACAUCAGAUAGUGUCUCUAACUUUCUCAAGAGCAGGUAAAACUGGGUGUUGUGUGGGCACCUUUUCACCACUACUAGCACCACCAUGGAAGUCAGAUUCUUAUAGUGAUUGCAGUGGCCUAGGACUGGGGAGACCCUGGUUCAAGUUGUGAUCUGCCGUGGAGCUCACUGAGUGACCUUUCGCCAGUCACUGUAAGCUGCAUUCAGUCAGUGCUUAUGUUUCAUUAACUGACCAUUUUCGUGUCUUAUGUGAUCUUUCACACAAAACAUAAAAGCCACUUCUGCAUAAUUCUUGAUCCUUUUAAUAUAUUUUUUUCUAAAUAAAACUUCUCUGAGAUUUUAUUACGAUCAAGCAUUAUAUAAACUCUGUUAAAAGAAACAAAAACAAAAUAUUUUCCCCACCCAUUGCAAGGAACUAGAUAUCGGUAUGGAGUUGGUGCAUAUAUUCCAUAUCUAAAACCAUACAUAUUGUAGAUUUGGAAAUGAUGGUCCAAAUCCUUGCUUGUUCAUCGUGUGAAAACUUGGGUAACUUGCCAUCUUCCUAAAAAAGGAGGUUGGGUAGCGGCCUCCUUUGUUGUGAUGGUAGCUGGAUUCAGUGAGUUAAGGGUCACAAAACAAGCAGACAUUGCAAUCAAUAUCAGAGUUAGGCAGAUAUGCUAAACAAUAAUGCAUACUUUAUGAUGGCCUUUACUGAUGAUCAAUUAUCAAUUGCCCACACAACAGGACAAAGAACUAAUCACUCUUCAAGGCCUUACGAUGUACAGUGGAACCUUGGUUUAUGAACACAUCGGUUUAUGAAUUUUCGGUUUAUGAACGCAGCGGGCCCAUCUGGAACGGAUUAAUUCACUUCCCAUUACUUUCAAUGGGAAAGUUUGCUUCAGUUUAUGAACGCUUCAGUUUAUGAACAGACUUCCGGAACCAAUUGUGUUCAUAAACCGAGGUACCACUGUAGAUACAAGGAAGGAAAAAGUGAAGGAUGGGGCUGAUUGCAUAAGAACUGAACAAGAAGAGUCCUGAUGGGCCAGACCAAGUGUGGACAACCUUGCACACACCCCCAGGCACUAAUGGUUCCAGCCAGCAUGGCCAAUGGUCAGGGGAAAAAGAGCGCUGUCCAGCAAAAUCUGUUUGAUACUCUAGGUCUAGGAUACACAUUAAGUCCAUACUAUGUUUUCUAUGUGCCCCUAGAAAUGUCAGCUAUGAAUGCCACAAACGUGUUCGCAAAUGUCAGGGUGUUACUCAUAGAUGAGGAAACCACCCAACAGUCCCAGCAGCCCCCUAAGGCAUUUCCUUGUUGUUGGGUUCCUCUCUGCCCCACUGCUUGUGGUAAUCUAUACCCAGAGCAAAAGGACUCCCUGGGCAUCUAAUUUAUUUAAUUUAUCAGAUCUGUAUACCACCCUAUACCCGUAGAUCUCAGGGCGGUGCACAACAUAAAAUUGCAAUAUAAAAAUAUCAGAAUACGUGAUAAGAACAGAAACAAACCAAUAAUCCCGCCUUCCACAACACAUUUAAAAGGGCAUCAGAUAUCAAUAAGCCAUAGAGGCCUGGUAUUUGCUUGGCGCCUAAAGGUGUAUAAUGAAGGUGCCAGGCGAACUUCCCUGGGGAGAGCAUUCCACAGACAGGGAGCCAUUGCAGAAAAAGCUUGUUCUCGUUUUCCACCCUCCAGACCUCUUGUAGAGGAAACACAGAAAGAAGGGCCUUGGGUGAUGAUCUCAGGGUCCUGGUAAGUUCAUAUGGAGAGAGGCGGUCCUUGAUGUAUUGUGGUCAUGAGCCAUUUAAGGCUUUAAGGUUUUAUAUUUUACAGGCUACUGCAAGCAUUCAAUGUGUGAGCUGAGUAAUGGCAAGGAAAAUUUUGGCAUAGCGGGCCAGAUUCAACUAAGGCUAAGCUAUUCCCCUAGAGCCAGUGUAACAUAAUGGAUAAGAGUGUUGGACAAUGACCUGGGUGAGAAGGGUUCAAAUCCCCACUCAGCCACGAAGCUCAUUGGGUGGCCAGUCACCAUCUCUGAGCCUAGCCUGCCUCACAGGGUUGUUGUGAGGAGGAAAACUAUGUACACCACCUUCAGUUCCUUGGAAAGUAAAGGUGAUAUAUAAAUGUAAUGAAUAAAUAAUAAUAAUCAACAUAAGAGGGAGCCAACACAACUCCAGCUAGCACCAUGGGACUUGCCUGUCUCCUCCCCUCUGCAGCUGCCAAUUGGCUCAGAGAAGGGGUGUUAGGGCACAUGGGGAAGGAGAGAGGAAGCCAGUCUCCUGGGCAAGAAGAAAUGCUAGUGCUGAUGGACUUGCUUGUUUUGCCCUAAGGUUCAAUUUCUCACAUAGUCCUGAUGAAAGAUUGAGCUGACUCUGUUGAUCUCAAAUACUGAACAGGAGAAGCAGCUGUGAGCCCUUGCAUUUGUGAGCCCUGCUAGUAGGAAAUUGGAACCACUGCUGAAUACUUUUCGUUACUAUACUGGCAUUGUCUGAAUAAUUAGUUAACUUUACACCGGAACCCCAAUUUGAUUCUUCUGUAAUAUGACUCAAGCUGUGUGCGCGAACCUCCCGAUUUAGAAGCACUCAGUAUAAAGAUAUGCAAAAUCUUUAUAUAUACAUAUACAUAUACACACACAUAUAUAUUAGACAGCUGCAGCUAUUAUUUUACCAGUAAGGGAAGAUGAGUCCCAGAGAAGUCUUUGGCAAACAUCUGGCACACAGAAGAUGAUUACAAGAAUCAGGCAAGCAGCUUUCCGUGAGACUACUGGCUCUCCUUUAGUUCUAGGACAGGGGUUGGCAGGGUUUACCUUGCCUGGGCCGGUUCACUCCAGUGGAGAUCCCUUCGUGGGCCAGAUUGUGCACAUGAGUGAGCGUGCACAUGAUUUCCGGCGUCUGCGCAGACACGAUUUCCAGCACUGUGGAAGCGAGUCCCCGUGCUGCGCUGUGCUGUGCUGGUUUAGCACAACAUGCGGGGACUCGCCAAGCGGGCGGCUCGGUUCGGGGGCGACUCUUGGGCCAGUUAAACAACCCCCAUGGACCACUUGUGGCCCAUGGGCCUAAGGUUGCCUACCCCUGUUCUAGGACAUAUUGCUACAAACACCCCAAUUCUUCCAGUGGAAAAAACGCCAAGAGUGCAGAGUUUACCUAAGCUGUUUACUUUUGAAAUGAGAUCCCCAGCAGUUUAGUGGUGUUUUAUCAUAUAUGGUUUAUUUACACAGGUAUAGCAGCUGAUCAUAGAUGGAGAUUCAUCAGAUUAAGCAUCCCAAGAAAAGUCCCAGAGUUGGCAGCUUUCCGUCUGAUUUCUUGGAGGGCGGGGCACAACCAGCACCUUUUCCUACAAGGAGGAACUCAGGGCUCUGUGUCGUUCUUUCACCCAUCCAGGUGCUCAGGUGGAGGACGAAUGAACAGAUGAGUCAUCUUCCUAGCUUUCUAGCCCAUUCAAAUCUCUUCCUGCUAUUGGAAACAACAACUGCCACUGCUAUCUCCCUAAUGUGAGAAAACCUGCCAGGAUAAACUGGUCCAACCAGCCUGACCAUUUUAGUGAGCUCACCUUACCAUCGAAAUUGCUGGAUUAGAGGAGUCCCCAUAAGAUCUUUUAGACACACCCCAACAAUACAAAUACAGUGGUACCUCGGUUUAAGUACACAAUCGGUUCCAGAAGUCUGUACUUAACCUGAAGCGAACUUUCCCAUUGAAAGUAAUGGAAAGUGGGUUAAUCCAUUCCAGACGGGUCCACGGAGUACUUAAACUGAAAGUACUCAAACCGAAGUGUACUUGUACUUAAACCGAGGUAUGACUUCAUCACUGAAGGACCGCAAGUAACUUCCAAAAACCUAAGUAUAGGAGAAGGGACUCCCCAGAGGCUUCUAUUUCAGAUAUUUAGGUGCUUCUGAUAAUCACAGACAAGCACAAACAUUCCAGCAGCAAAUUUGUAGAUUGCAUCAAAUAUUCCUGCUAGCGUGACAGAGGUGUGUGCGUGUGUGUGUGCUAGCACUAAAGUUACUGGGAUAUUUGUCUUCCUUGUACCGAACAGCCCCUGGUUUUCUUUGCAAAACGUUGAUCUGCAGUUAAAAACUAGAAGGCGCCUGCAAUUGAUUAGCCAAGCCCUGAAGAUUAAGAGCACAGGGGUUGUAUGCUUUCUUCAGAGUAAACCCACUGAAAUAAUUGAAUCUAAUAAUCUAGCAGCGGAUGCAUCUCGCAACAGCCUUCUGUCCUUCUCUGUCCUGAUUGUGGGGGCAAUAGGCUGGGGCAUGUGCGCGCGUGCGCGCGCACACCCACCCACCGGGUUCUAGGUAUGGCUGCCCGUGGCCAUAGCCUGGCCCUAAAUGAUACAGGGAUUACUUGGCACUUUAUAUGUUCAGAAGACCUCUGCCAAUAAUGAGCAGCAAUUAUUUGCAUUUAUUAUUUGCUGCUUGAUAUUCUCCGGGGAUAUUCUCUAAAUUGAUAGAGGGGGGAUUUCAGCAUCCACAAACUUAUCCAGAGUUAUAGGAAGCAAAGUUCUGGUUAUUACUGUAUUUUUUCCCCCUGUGUUCCUUUCGCCCUAUUACUAGAACAAUUAAUUAAAAAUGGUAGCACUGAGCCCUAUUGAUUCAUUUAGCACUUGGAAGCUUAAUGAGGUGUAAAUCCUACAGGCAGCUGCAUGGUGGAGCUGACAAAGUAAUUUAUAUCAAUUGAUGUGAUUAGUAGAGGCUCUCAAUCACUCCAUUGUUGCUCCCUGCAAUCUGUCAUAUUCUGAACAGGGAAAACUUAACUUUUGAAUUUCUGUUAGGCUGAAUAUAGUAUUCUCAGUGCUGUGCUAAAAAGACUGAAAAUGGGAUGCUCUGCCUAGACAGAUUAGAUACACAUUGCUCUUUGUCGCAAAGGGAAUGAUUCAGGGCCCCAGCCUUUUUUGCUGGCUCCUAAUUGCUGGCUGUAAAACCUGAAUCUACAGUUCUGCAAACUGCAUGCAAUAUGUCAGUCGAUUCCUUGAAAGGUUGGUUAUCCUUUAAUGCUGUGAACCUCUUUGAGUGUAGCACCAGAGCCCCAGCCUAGAUGGCAAAACCCUGUUCAUUAUGCAGGUGCAGGUUGCUAGGCUGCCUUUUCUACGAAGCCUUGGACUUAAGCCAGCAGUUGCCAAUGCAGUGCCCUGCAGAACAUAGGCGGAGUCAUUCUCCCACCUUUCCUGACCAUUGGCUAUGCCAUCUGGGGCUGCUGGAAGUUGCUGUGCAGCAAACAUCUGGAGGAAACCAUGUUGACUCUUCCCUAAAACCUCCUCCCCAGAUGAAACAAAGCCUACAUGCAUACAACGGACUUAGCUCAGAUUCCUACUUUCCCCUGACCAUUGGUCUUGUUAGCUAGGGAUGAUGGGAGUUGUACUCCAACAGCAGCUGGAGGCCUAAGUCUGGGAAUCCCUGCUAUAGAUUGAAAACAUCAGGGAUAUCAAAGAAGCACAUGCAUUGGUACAUUGAUAUCCCCCCCAGAAACUGUAUAUUCAGUGUUGCAUAAAACUCUGUUGGUUUUCCCUCAGCUUGGAGUGUCUGUUCCAUCACCGGCAAGUGAGAAAACAGGCCCUGUGUCUGUUAAAUAGGAGCCACUGGAGACUAUUCUAAGGCAGGAGUCAAAAAAAGAGCACGUUUUUAGCAGCCAUUAAGAGUACUACUACUACUACUACUACUACUACUACUACUACUAAUAAUAAUAAUAAUG